UUCGCGAGCUGUGACAGUCCACAUCCACAGCCUCCUCCGUCGCGCGUACACCGUCUUGAUCGCAUCCACAUCUCCUCAUUUCUCCCUCUCGUCCGCUUCUGUUCCUCCUCUUUCGCACCCAUCUCUCCCUCUUUUCUAAUUAGUAUCAUUGUUUUUUUUUUUCUUACCCACUUUGAUUUUUUUCAUCUUCGACAUGCACCUCACGUGAAGUCCUCCAACUUGCACAGCUCGUGAGUACCGAGUCACAACAACAAAAAGAAGAAGAAGAAGAAGAGGCAAAUGCUCUAUCGGGGAAUAAGAGAGAAAAACACGCACGUUUGUCUGUUUCAUUGAGUGCCUUGGUCUGAACGGAGCAACAGUAUGGAUCUGUCAUUUAUGGCUGCGCAGAUCCCCGUCAUGACGGGAGCCUUCAUGGACUCCUCCCCAAAUGACGACUACAGUGGCGAGCAUUCGCUCUUCAACUCUUCGGCCAGCGUCCACGCCGCCGCUUCAGCCGCCUCUGUCCACGGCCAGCAGGACGAACCACAGUCCAUGUCCAGUGACGCCAUUUGGCUCUGGAUCGCCAUCGUUGCCACCAUUGGAAACAUUGUGGUGGUGGGCGUGGUCUACGCCUGCACUUUCUGAUGCACACAAACAGACAUGCAUACACAUCUGGCUUCUUCUGGAUCUGGAGACCUGACUGGGGUCACGCUUUGUAGAAACAACACACAUAUUCCCUUCCUCUCUCUCUAUUUCUGUCUCCCUUUCACUUGGCUGUUGACCUCAAAGUUUGGACUCCUGAGAGUGUGGACAUUGUAAUACUAGUCAGUGACGCAUAGAGGACUAUAUUUCUCCAUUAGAGGGAUGGACUACGACUUGGCUGCAUUUGUCGGCACCAGCAGUUUCGGAUUCUUCUGCUGAACCUUUGAAGAAGAAGCUUUUGUGUAUUACAGCUCUUUAGUUAAAAUGCAGAAACAACAGACUGUCAAACAUGAUUCAAAGGAGCCUCUUUUUAGCUUAAGUUUGUUUCCGUGUUUGUCCUCAGACAACAUCAUCACUCACGCUGCAGAGAGAAGAAUGGAGAUUAAAUGGGGCUUAAGAUUUGGGUUGAUCCAGGCCAUCUCUUAACAACCUCCAGAUAGCUGCUUUAGUAAUUUAGGACACAUUUAGGACUUAAACAGAAAUGGUGAAUGUUAAAACAUUUAGAAAGUGCUGUGAUUAGCUUCAUGUUAUGCAGCCCUGAAGCCCAGGAUGGUAGAGCUGUGGAUCAGAGAUAGUCUACUGGUCAUCAGUGUAUAAAGUACAAAUAGAAUAGGAGAAUAACGAUAUGUGAAACAACAUAUUCUGAAAUGCUGCAAUAACUACAGUUAUAAACAGUGGCGUUAUGCUUAGAUUGUGUAUAAAACUAAGUCAGACACAUCCUUCGUCAAACUCUUACACCAUAAGAAAAUAUUUGUCAUGGUCUGUUCUUUUGUUUUAAUAUCUAUCUGCAAAUAACAGCUAGUGUUAGAAGCACAACAUAAAUCCGACAUGUAGCCCUCUUUUCUUGCUGCACCUAAUUAUUUUUGUAGUUAUUAUUUAUUGAUAAGUCUUUUAAUCACUAAGAAUAAAUGUUGUCAGCAACAGUCAAAGUUCUUAGCAUACAUACAUGUUGUGAUUUUACAUACAAGGUGUUAAAAAUGUGUGUUGAUAAGUAAACUCUGACCAGAUCUCUGCUAAACUCUGUGAUAAAUGUAAACCUGUUGUAAGCUGAUAGUUGGUUUUACACAAGCUGCCCAUCGUUCAGUAACGUAGUGACGCCGGCAUCUGGAGGCAACUGUCUCCAUGGUAACUGAUCCUUUUCCUAAUUGGGAAUUAUAACUUCACUCCGAGACUCAAUCAUGAUGCUGCAGUCGGGGGUGCCGUUUAUUUUCUUUUAGUCUGUGCAUUCAUUAAUCACACACAAAGAAAAACAAACCAUAUUGAAGCGUCUUUAUUCUGAAGCCUGAUAACUGAUAUUAACAUACAAUUACUUUCUGAAGACACAGAAAAUGAAUCUAUUUUCUGCGUUUUCUCUUUAUAACCCAAAACACUGAGGAUUAUAAAGAGUCAGACAGAGAUUUUCAUUCAGUCAGGUCAUAUUUAUCCUGGGAAAUGUAAGAAAAGAUCCAGAUAAUCAUUUGGUUCCAACAAAAACACAUAAGGUACAUGUUCUAAUGUUCAUACACUGCAGAUUAUUACAGUUCUGACUAAAUAUACCCAGUCGUACUCAUGUUAGGAGAACUUUACACACUAAUCUCUGUUCCAGUGAGUGUAUGUCGAUGUUACUACAAUGUUCAGAGGACUUUUCAAGCCUGUUAUUUUUAUGUAAAGAUAUUUCAAACUGUUGUAACCCACAUACACAGUACUUCUUUUGUAAAGGCAUAGGAUACUAUUAAACUUUCUGUAUUAAUGCA